GCUACUCCCAGCUGGCUGUUCCGGGCUUACGACUUUUCGUUUAUUUCCCUGUCUUUCGUUUCUGACCACUCUUUAUUAUCUACAGAUCCCUAGAGCACCGUUCUGGGUGUACAACUCUGUCUUUUUUUUUCGGGAGGAAAAGUCAUGGCGGCUAGGUUCGCACCACAGCCUACGUUCACAUCGAAUGAUGUCCCAGUACCAACAAAUCGACCCCCUCUAUCUACGGGCACCACUAUACGCCGCGCAAAAACCCUCACUCGCCCGGAGCGAAGUGUCGCACCAGUACCCCUCAUUAACCCUCAGUCUUCUCUCGCUCCUUCCGCGUCAGGAACAAUCCAAGUCGGUUCCCAGACUGGUGGUUUCGACCCAUGGCGCAUAUUCGCACAGAUAAUCACUUUCUGGGCUCCAUCCUUUUUGCUCAGCUCCGUCGGCGGUCUCAAAGACAAAGGAAAAAUCCAGGCAUGGAGAGAGAAAAUCGCCUUGUGUUUCAUUAUCGCUAUCCUAUGUCUCAUCGUUGGCUUCAUCACCGUCGGCACUCAGAAGGUCUUGUGUCCGGAGACUUCUAGCAUGAACCCCUCGCGGUACUCAGAUCUUGGCUCAGUCCCCGGCACAUUGAGCAUAGAUGGCAUUCUAUUCAAUGUGACCCAGGCCAAGAGUCCUUCAAGCGUGAACCUUGAUCUGCUCACUCAACAAGAGCCAGGACAGGACAUCACUCCCUACUUCUAUCGCACCGCCAGCGAAUAUUCGGCAUGCCAAGGUCUCACUUUCCGCGUCGCACUAGACACUCCGUGUACCACUACUACACAAUGUCCUCUCGGCCCACUCAACACCUCCUCCACCUUUACGCAACUUAACAUCCAAGAGACAACACUUCUGCUUGGUUACGACUGGGACCAGGUCGCCGCGCUUCCAAAUUACUUCGUCAUCGAUGGUGCUGUGCUGAACAUGAAUCCCUAUAUUUCACAGCAUCCCAGCGCAAUAGCCUCCGAUGCUGUAGAUGUCGCAAUUCGCACCAUUUUGCAGACGCAAGCGAGCUCUAGCGGAAAGGAUGGCACGCGUCUAUUUUACAACAAUGCUAAAAUCCUUUCGGCAGUCCCGUGCCUCAGUCAGCGUUACUACGCAGGAAACAUUGCCAAGAUUACGCCCGGCUGCUUCGUCAGCUCUCUCUUCCUGUAUGUAGGACUCAUCGUCAUCCUCGCCCUCGUACUUGUCCGCUUUGCAAUGGCGUGUGUAUUCAGCUGGUUCUUGUCUGCGAAGCUUGCCGGUCCCCCGGAUAAGUCGCAUCUCAACAGAUCGGCAAUCAGUCCAGCGGUGAUGCCCGGGGGUGCAAAUGUCUCGGUCGACAACCGCACGGGUACGGCGCCAUGGGCUGGCCCCCAUGGGUCGAAGAAACUUGUCAAAGUAACCCCAACUCGCCCCCCUGCAUCUUCCAGCACAACUUUGUUACCUGAUGCCGCACCGGUCAUGUCUCUCACUCAAAUAGGCGCCGAGUUAUUUGCCAUCUGCCUUGUGACGUGCUACUCUGAGGGUGAAGAUUCUAUACGCUCCACGCUGGAUUCCAUUUCGCGUACGACUUACUCCGAUGCACGCAAGUUACUUUUUAUUGUGGCGGACGGCAUGAUCACUGGUGCAGGAGAGAAGAUGAGCACGCCAGAUAUUUGUGUGGGAUUAUUGGAUGCAGAUCCUCGGUUUGGUAACCCCAUACCUAUGAGUUAUUUUGCAAUUGGCAGUGGAACGAAGCGGGAAAACAGGGCAAUGGUCUAUGCAGGGCACUACACGGUUGCUGGUCGUCGCACACCCACUGUCAUUGUUGUCAAAUGCGGAACGGAGGCGGAGGCUGCCAACGACAAAAAGCCCGGAAAUCGCGGCAAGCGAGACAGCCAGCUUAUUCUGAUGAACUUUUUCUCCCGUGUCACAUAUAAUGAUCGGAUGACCCCUCUUGACUUCGACUUGUUCCGGAAGAUUCAGACCCUGAUGGGCGUCACGCCUGACUUCUUUGAGGUCUGCUUGAUGGUUGAUGCCGAUACCAAAGUCUACCCUGAAUCGCUGAAAUACCUCGUCAACUGCAUGCACCACGACCAGAUGAUCAUGGGCGUCUGCGGGGAGACUCGCAUAGCUAACAAACGUGAUUCCUGGGUCACCGCCAUCCAAGUCUUCGAAUACUUCAUCUCCCAUCACUUAGCCAAAGCCUUCGAAUCCGUCUUUGGUGGUGUCUCAUGUUUACCAGGAUGCUUCUCCAUGUUCCGGCUGAAAGCGCGGAAAACGACGGGCGACGACUGGAUCCCUCUCAUCGUCAAGCCUGAAAUUGUACGCGAAUACAGUCAAAGCGAGGUCACUACGCUGCACCAACAGAACCUUCUUCUACUCGGAGAAGACCGCUUCCUCACCACCAUUCUCCUUCGUACAUUCCCCAAUCGCAAGAUGAUGUUCUUACCCCAAGCCAAGUGCCGCACUGUUGUACCCGAUACGUUCAAAGUCCUCCUCUCGCAGCGUCGUCGGUGGAUCAACAGCACGAUCCACAAUCUGAUGGAACUGGUUCUCGUGCGCAAUCUAUGCGGGACGUUCUGCUUUAGCAUGCAAUUCGUGGUCUUCAUGGAUUUGCUUGGGACGGUUGUGCUACCCAUUGCUAUUGCGCUCACGUAUACGCUUAUUGUGGGUAUGAUCAUGCAACCCCCAACGACAUUCGAGGAAGCGAUCCCGCUCAUGUUGCUUGUAUCUGUGCUGGGUCUUCCUGCCGUGCUGAUUUUGAUAACAACGAGGAAGAUUGUAUAUGUGUUCUGGAUGCUCAUAUACCUCGUGGCACUUCCGGUGUGGAAUUUUAUUCUUCCCGUGUAUGCGUUCUGGCAUUUUGAUGACUUCUCAUGGGGAGAGACGAGGAAAGUGGAAGGGGAGGCAAAAGGAGAAGGACAUGGCGCUGGCUCUGGCACCUUUGAUGGUUCCUCGGUUCCUCUUCGCCGUUGGGAAGACUGGGAGCGCUCGCGCCUUCGCAAACUCAAGCGUGAGGAACGGCGACGACGCGACUUUGAGCGCAUGCACCCAUCAGGAUACAUCGAGAACGACCUCCUCAGCGCGCGCAGCGACGCCCGCAGUCAAUACGGCGACGGAUCAGAUACGCAUUCCGUCGUAUCAUCUGAGGACGACCAUUGGGGCCCGCAGAUUGGUGGUUAUAACGAGAAUCAUACUCAGUUCCCCGCACCGCCUGUCGGACUCUUUGUGCCUGGGGUUGAUGGGAAUAAGGUGGUUGGCGGUGCGGAGAUGGAUGCGAUGUUGGAGAGUGGAUUUGAUGAUGAUGAUAGCCCAUCGCGGACGCCUACGAGCGCGAUGUAUGCAACCCGGUAUCAGCUUAGCGAUAACCCAUCACAGCAACGUCUCAUGUCCUAUGCAUCUUCCGACUCGGGCUCACGGACGCCUCCUGUACACCAUCAGCCGUACGGCACACGAAUAGAGGACCGGAAUCGCGCUGGUGAGAAAUAUGGACCGCUUGGACCGUUGGAUCCUGGAGAGAAGUUUUAGAUUGGGACGCUUGCAUAUUUUGAGGACGGUAUCUCAUUUGAUGUUUCAUACAUACUGCACAUAGUGUUUGUGCGGUUUUUUUUAUAAGUAUCUCAUGUUGGUGCUCGCUAUAGCUGAUAUGAAAUGGUAGGUACUAUAAUUACUUGUGCUGUUACUUGUUAGUUACGAGUGCCAUGUUUCAUAUGCUUUGGCCAGUGACUGCGAGUUGAUAAUAAUAUCUGAACUUUUUCAUUCAACUCCGUCGCCAACCUCAUGCUUACUUUUUCACAGGAUCUGGAGCUCCUCAAUGCUUGCCAAGGGUGAUAUGGGAAGUCAUAAACUCAUUAAUGCCUUCAUCAAUGUUGGUGACGACGGGAAGUCACUCAAGUUUUAACCCGCUGGACGCGCACUUCCGCUCGCUGGGUCAUAUUCAGUGAAC